AUGCUGAGGUACUCCGAUCUGAUAAACAAUUCCAAAAUGUCGAUGAAUCAGAGUCAUUCUGCUAAUGGCAAUGGUGUGGUUUUGUUUUACGGAGAGCGAAUGCUAAUUUUUUAUGAUGGGUGUGAAUUAAAACUUACUGGUCAAUCUCUUAAAUUUUCUAACGAUGGACGGGUUUACCUCACUUCACAUAGAGUAAUUUUUAUCAACAAGAAACAAUCAGCUGGCAUGCUUUCGUUCAGUAUGCCAUUCGUAAACAUGAAAGAGGUCGACAUUAAACAGCCGGUUUUUGGUGCAAAUCGUAUUGAGGGUAUAAUAACUGCUGAGCCUAAUGGCAACUGGCAGGGUGAGGCUAAGUUUUCGUUAACAUUCAAUAAAGGUGGAGCCAUUGAGUUCGGUACAACACUUAUCGAGUUAGGCAAACGUGCAUGUGCUGCUAGUCAUAAUUUCAAACCACCGAAUACAUAUUCGCCUGUUAUGGAUAUGAAUGGUGCGGGACAGUAUUAUGCAUGUCCACCACCGGCUUAUGCUCCACCUUACAACGACCCUUAUUAUGGUUUUGUUAGACCUCAUGAAGCAUUCACUGUGCCUCAAGCGGAAACACUUUAUCAUGUAGGUGCACCACCCCCCUAUCCAGGGGCUACACCAACUACAAUGUCUGGUGGUUACAGUACUACUAACCAGUCUUCUGCACCGUAUACGUCGUAUCCAUCUGGUGCAACUGCACCAUAUCCAAAUACUGGUCCAUCAACAUUCGCAAGCAAAGCAGAUGAAGCCGCUGCAUCCGCUAAUGGUCCUACGAAUCUAGUAAGUGGAGGUUACUACUUUCCUGAUAAUCCACAUACUGUGUAUGCACAACCGAAUGCUCCGGGUAAUGCAGGUGGUGUCCCACCAUAUGAAGAAGCUGUUCGUAACGGUCAUGAUCAACCACCUCCUUAUCCAAAUGACAAUGUUCAACAGAGUGCUUCUUCCAAAAAGAAUCAGUGA